GAGGACGAGAGGAUAAACCAGUGUGGCAGGUUUGCGUCACUGUACAGAAUCCAUCAUGCAAAGCUGAAGGAAGCAGAAGGAGAGAGUGAGCGAGCUGUUUGGAGCUGAUGCCACUGAGCAGCGCUUCUUUUGAACCCAUGUCAACAAAAUGGUCUAGGACAAGUACAGAGCUGGUUCCCAAGGAAGGUAAAAUGUGUGUGCAUGAGUGAGUGUUUGCCUGAUGUCAGUGUGCAUUUGUGCCUUUCUUUGUAAAGGUGUUUAAUCUGAGGUGAGAGUAAACGGGGCUGUGUUGCCAGGGUUUCCCAGAUGGAGGGCUAGGCUAGGUGACCUGGCAGAGCAGGUGUUUCUGUAAACUGACACUCAUACUCGACUGCACUGGAAAGCACCAUCAGAGCCCCCUUCACAAAGGUGCAUGCUGUAACCUAGACUUCACAGAGCGCCUUAUGUUGACAUGUUUUGCCAGCAUUUGUAACAGCUUUAUUUAAUUGUUCAGGUUCUUAUCAAAUCUGUGCUGUUAUCAUGCAUCCUAAAGCAGGCUGUUUGUUUUGUGACUCAGUCAAUUGACGAUUGGAUCAUGACUCUAAGGUCAAAGAUACAUGGUGUCAUUGGCUUCCCAGCUGUAUUUUUGUAAGUUACAAUCAGAUGUCGGUGGUAAAAGUUAUCCCAGAUGGCUGUAUGUAAAUCAGGCUCACUUUGUUCCAAUCUCUGUCCAUCUUAUCUGAUCACUGACUGGAUCCUGCCUUUUGUUGGGUACUUUAAAUCUGUUGCUGUCUCUGUCUGACUGUGUGACAAUGUUAGUAUGUGAGUCAGAGAAGUUGAUUGUAGCACUAUAAGACAUUGUUUAUGCUGAGUGGAUUGUUGUUAGGUGAGUUUUUCCAGUUUUUAGUUCAGGUUUAGCUGAAGCUGACAGAUACUCUGGGGUAUGUUACUUGUGUAAACAGCCGUUAUGACAUGUGUGUACAACUGAGCGCAUUGUCCUGCCUAUCUGUGAAUGGAUUCAUUGAGUCAGUGCAGGGGGAAUGUUAGAAAGGCAGAGACAUGUCACCGAUGAGAUAACUCUGAUCAUCAGGCUGUUCAGUUUUGAGUGAACAUAGCAUUUUGGUCGCCUCCCCACCCCAUCUAUUUAUUUCUAAACUUGCUGUGCUCUUAUUCUGUGUCUCACUGUAUUUUUCUCUCAUAUCCCUUUACCAUUUUCUUUUUCAUCAUUCUUCAUAUCUUUGCCCAUUCAUUGUUCACUUGGUGUUUCUCUCCAGCCCUCUCUUUUCGCUGUGCUCAACCACUCUGUGAUUCUGCUUGACCAUUUGGAGCAGCCAGACUGACCACAAUCCACAUAUCACAACAUUCCAGCCCAUUCCGUUCUGAGGAUGGAAAUUUGUAUUUGUGCAUUUUUUAUGCUUGGCAGGCAAUGGGAGCUGUUUGCUGAAUUCAAACUGGGGAACUGAGGAAUCCAGGGGACAGGAUAAAGUUUGCGACCGAUCACGAAGAGGAGCCAAGAAACGUUGACCGGAAUAGACCAGAAAACCAUCAGUAGCACCAUUCAGAACUCAAGCUUGUUGACGCUGGAUUUAUGUGUCUUUGCAACUGUGCUUCUUCUAUGGAGAACCUGAACAAGAGAGGAUUGUAGUUGUGCCACUCUGUCCUCUUCACUGGAGCUACAGCAUAUUUGUGUUUGCAGCACACCCGAAACUGCAGCAGUCAGACAAAUUGCUUUGAGAGUGGAGUCGAAAAGACAGUUCCUUGGAAUCUCUCAGUAUCAAAUUCACUUUUUCCGCUCUCUUUUUGGGAUUUGGCACUUGACAGUAGGUUAUUAAGUUUGUUUACUCUCAGACAAUGGACUUGUCCUUGCUCCCCACUCCAGUGAGUGAGUACAACAACCAGAGGACAGGACCGCGCUUCACUGUCCGCUCAGCUAACUCCCCCUCCUAUGUUCUCAAUCACAGACAAGGUCUUAGGAUAUCCAGAGCUAGAUCAGAAGACAGGAGGGAGAACCUUGCGAGGGAUUCAAAGAAAGAGACAUGCAGGGAGGAGGAGCGUGGUCCUCCCCUUGAACAGUGGCAGAGGGGCACAGACAAUGAGAGCCACCCAGUCACGGGAAAUCAAGCCAAUGUCAGUGGUCAGGAGAAGGAAACAUCAGGCCACAAAACAUCUGGCCAGUUGAAGCAGAACGGUACCUCAGGCAAAGCAGUCACUGAGUCUGGCAGUGACAGAAGUGGAAACUACAACCCAGAAUGUGGAAGGCGGGGAAGGACAGAGUGGAGAAGACACUACCUGCCCAAUAGAAGUAAGAGUUUAGAUUGGAGAACUGGGGCAUCUAGCCCUGAUCGGGGCACAAAGGCUGAUAACCCUGCAAGCCUGAUAUUUUCAGGGAAUCAUGGAAGGGUCAUUCCUAAAGAUGUUGAAAGUCUGGAGAAACGAAGAAGGACAGGAGAUGGAGAUAGAAUAGAGGGCACAGAGAGCAGAGUGUUGUCAGCAGUAAAGGCCUAUAACUCUGCAGGUACAGGAAAUGUAGUCGGAGAGAGGAGCCCAGUGGAUGAACAUCCAAAAAGGUAUGUAGGUGCAGAGCUGAGUCAUAUAGGCAACAAUUUGGACAGGGUUGGUAGGGGUCAGUCACUCCCCUCCAGGCUGAGGCUGCGAGUUGGGUCUGACUCAGGCAUCAAGGAGACAGGGCCCAAAGGAGGUCAGAGUAUAUUGGAGCGGAUAGAGAAACUGUAUGGGUCAGGUAAAACUGAGGAUUCCACUAGAAGUAAGGACACCUCUUCCUUCAUGAGAGACUCCCCCACCAGCCCACCUGCCAAUCAGGGGAGAAGGUUGUCAUAUGAGGUGGAAGCAGGGGGAACCUUUCCUAAACGUUUUUCCAGGGGGGAGAAAAACAGCCUGAGUGUGGUGCAAAGCAGUAAAACGUUCACCUUUUCACCUAAUACUGAUACCAAAGAGAGAUCUUCAGGGGUGCAGUGGCAAGGAAAGAUCACAGGCAGUUGUUCAGGGGAGGGGGGGUUUCAGUCGGGUAGAGGGGCACUGGAGAUGGGCACCAGGUCUCUGGACAGAGCAAGGAGCAGGAACAGUCUUGCAGCUCAGCUGAGAUCUGCAAGGGCCACAGCAAGAAUUGUUCCUGUUUAUCCACAGCCACACACUUUCUUAGAGGAAAAGAAUUCAGCUUCUUUCAGAGAUCUGUCUGGAUCCACAGAGGGAAGAGCAAGUGGAAAUAAGGAUAAGGACAGGGUGGACAGUGGAGAUGAAAAAGGUGGGGUUGAUGAGAGGAUGAGAGAUAGAAUUAAACACCACUCAUCGGUGAAAAUGGAGAGGGUUAAAGAACAGGAAAGGGAGAAGGAGACUGAUGAUGGAGUAAAAGAGGAGAAAAGGAAAUAUGAAAGUGGAGUGAGGAGUGCUAGCAUCACAGAGGAUGUAUUUGAGGAUAGCAGUUUGAAAAGCAGAGAAAAAAAGACGUUUCCAGAGAAGGUCGUCGUUCCCUCUGCAGCUAAUGUGAGAAAUAAGAUCCAUCAGUUUGAGGCUCUGACCCAGAGAGCCCAGGGCUCGGCAGCAGGCCAGUUUCUGAUUCCCAGGCGCACCUUCUCUGUGCCGGCCCAGCUUGGUGGGGCCCAUGAUGGGGUAAAAAAGAGUGGAUCAGAGAGAGCAAUACAUGAACUGAGAGAAAAGUGGGGGGGGUCGAGGGAGGGAGAGGAGGCAGGUAAUAAAGCCAAGGAGAAAGUGACAGAAACUAUUAAGAAGAAUCAAGUGCUAUCCGUGAGCAGAGGUGAAACACAAGAUGAGGAUAAGAAAGCCCAGAGAAGAUCAAACCUGAGGACUGCAUCAAUAGAUGAGGUAGGACUAAGGCUAGGCAACAGAGACAGGAGAGUUGGAGAUUUAGUUGAGAGGGUAGGAAAAGAAGAUGUGGGUGGUGGUAACAGCCAUGCUGAUGACUUUGGCAAAUAUUCCCGACUCAAGGAUACACUAGCACUUCCUCUAAAUGGAGAGGCUAAAAGACAGAGGCAUAGGAAAUUUUACAUAGAUGAGACUGAUUUCGCCAAAGUCACUAGCCCUGAGAGAUCAAGUAACACAGAUAUCACAAACAACGACACGCCGCCUUCGCUGUUGUCUAACUCCGAUGAUGCACCCAUCAGUUUGUUACGCACUCCUGAGUUGUCUGAUGUGCAGAAAGCAACACCCACUGGGAGUCUUUCACCUGUUAGCGAUGAAGACAAGACCCCAACAAAUACCCCAGAGAGCUCACCCUUUCUUUCACACCACUCGCUGCCUGAAAACACAGCUGCCAAUGCAGGCAGACAAAAUGAAAGCACUCCUGUUUCCACGCACACACGUAAAACUCCAGCGGGAGAUGCUCCACAUCUCCUCCUUCCACACGCCGCUUCCCCCCACAGCUGCCUCCCUGACCUCUCACCCCCAGAUGUCACUGUACCCAGUCUGGGGGGCGGGAAGUGGGAUGAGGACUUGGUUGCUCGGGUAGCCGGCUGGAACCUCCAAAUCAAGGGCUGGAAUGGGGAUGAAGAUGAUGAAGAUGAUGAUGAUGAGGGCACAGAGAAAGAUGAAGAUUCCAACUAUGACUCUGACUCUGGAGACUCCUCAGUGACCAUCACCAGUAACAUGAGCCAGUCAGAUCGCAGGAGCUUCUCUGUCAGUCUUGCCGACCUGUGUAACUUUGGUGGAGUUGAAUUUGACGACGAGUCUGAGAAUGAAAACGAUGAGUGGCUGUCGGGACGGCGGUCUGCCUCCCUCAGCUCAGACGUGUCUGCCCUGUCCUGCGUGUCCAUGCUGCCCAAUGAGGAGCUGGACCGGCUGCUGGACGACGUCAAGAACCUGGGAGACAGCACUCUGCAGCACUAUGAAGAUGUUCAGGUGGUGGUUCUCCAUAAGGACGAGGGAGUUGGACUGGGCUUCACUGUGGCUGGAGGCGUGGACCAGAACAAGCCAAUCACUGUCCAUAAGGUGUUUCCCUCUGGUGUGGCGGCCCACCAGGGCUCCAUCAUGGAGGGGGACCAGGUCUUGUCAAUCAAUGGCACAGCGCUGUGUGGCUCCACCCACUGGGAGGCCCUGAGGACCCUCAGGAGGGCGAGAACCCGUGGGAUGGGAGUGGUAGUCCUGAGGAGAGGGGGGGUUGGCAGCACCUGUAUGGCUGGGGUGGAGGCAGACAGUGGGAAACAAGCACAGACUGAGCCCACAGAACCAGGUCAGCGUGUGUGUGUGAGGCUGGAGAAGCAGAGCAGAGAUCUGGGCUUCAGCCUGGUGGGAGGUGUCGGCUCCAGCCAGGGGGACAAACCUCUCAGCAUACAGAAGAUCUUCCAGGGAGGUCCAGUUAACAAAGUCUGUCCUGGUGAUGAGCUGCUGGAGAUUCAAGGUGUGAAUGUGGUGGGGAUGAGACGCCUGGAGGCCUGGAAUUUGAUCAGAAGACUGCCCCCUGGGCCUGUGGAUGUGGUACUGCACCGUCCCAUCAAACAUUCAGAAAUCUAAAAAAAAUAUUGAGGGAGCUCUGGGUGCACAGCACCUCAGGGAACACUGAACCAGAAACUUAAAGCUAUCUAUGAGAGACAACAUCUCUUGAGGUUGUUUUACUGCUGCCAAAGCUAAGACUACAACAUUAAUCAGCUAAUUGUAACGUCCAACAGAUUUAAGACACGUUUUAGUUGUAAUAACAGCAAAGCACUGAAGGAAAGAAAGGAUCUUAGAGACCAUGUCAGAAGAUUGCAUAUGAUUUGUGAACUGGGAUUACAGCUGUUUGGUUCUUUGUGAUUCUUUAAGGCCUACGUCUACCUCAAGGACUGGAAUAUUUCUCUACCAGCCAUAUUUAAAAUGCACUGAUGAUUUAUAGAUAUAUCACAGCUAACAUCUUUUGUAACAGAUGGUUUGGUCACUUAAAAGUUUUUAAUGUGGAAGCUGUACAUGCAAACUAUGAAGAAUAUUGUUACAGAUGUGUUGUAAUAUAAUGUGAAUAGAGAGUUAACUACAUUUAGAGUUUAUAUUGCUUUUCAAUAAAUCCUAACUUCA